AUACCGUAUUAUGAGCGUGCUUUUUCCUGCUUGCGGUUAUUUUAUUGGUCUUUUGCGAAUGUCUUGCAUAUGGUGAGAGAUCGGGAUUCUUGGUUGAAUGUGAGCUGCACUUUACGUUGGAAGAAACACAUAUACUGGUCUGAAGUAUGGAUCGUAAACCAAGGAAAAGUACCUAAUUUGAGAUCCUGGACUUUGUUUGCAUUGCCGAUUCUAGUUGAGCAGGUUGACAGAGGGUAAGCUUUCACAAUUAGAGCCUCAGCGCAGACGGUGCGAAUGGGACAAGCCAGACUUCAGAGAGGGCCUGGUCGGGAGUGGGAGUGAGGAUGGACAACCUUUCUGAGUUUGGGAGCCUCUGUCCAUCCAGCCGGAGGGAAUGGGACACCAGCAGCUGUGUGGAUGACUUGCUGGAUGAAGAUGAGAAAGACAGGGCAAAAAGGGCAUCACGUAAUAAAUCGGAGAAGAAAAGACGGGACCAGUUCAAUGUCCUCAUUAAGGAGCUCUGCACUAUGCUGCAGGGGCAAGGCCACCCCCGCAAGAUGGACAAGUCCACCAUAUUGCAAAGAACCAUCGACUUCCUGCAGAAACAGAGAGAAAUCACGGCGCAGACGGAGUCCUGUGAGAUCCAGCAGGACUGGAAACCUUCCUUCCUUUGCAAUGAGGAGUUCACCCAGUUAAUGCUGGAGGCUUUAGAUGGUUUCCUUAUAGCACUUACAACAGAUGGAAACAUAAUAUACGUAUCUGACAGCGUUUCUUCACUCAUCGGCCAUUUACCGUCAGAUAUGGUGGACCAAAAUAUCUUGAAUUUUCUCCCUGAACGUGAGCACGGGGAGGUCUACAAGCUGCUAUCAUCCCACAUGCUCAUGACAGACCCCAUUGCUGCGGACUUCCUGGAGAAUGAGACGCACAUUGAAUUCUGCUGUCAUUUAGCUCGAGGAAGCAUAGACCCAAAGGAACCGGCUACAUACGAGUAUGUGAAAUUUGUGGGAGAUUUCAAGUUUCAUAACAAUGUGCCUACUUCCUCCUGCAAUGGCUUUGAGUUGGCAUUACCAAGGACCCUCCAGUCAUCGCUAGAAGAGCAAGUCUGCUUUGUUGCCACCGUCCGGCUUGUUACUCCACAGUUUUUGAAGGAUCUGUGUAAUGUAGAAGACCCGUGUGAUGAAUUUACAUCCAGACACAGUCUGGAAUGGAAGUUCCUGUUUUUAGAUCACAGAGCUUCACCCAUAAUAGGCUACUUGCCCUUCGAAGUUCUGGGAACUUCUGGCUACGAUUACUAUCACGUGGAUGACUUGGAGCUAAUAGCACAAUGUCAUAAGCAGUUAAUGCAAUUUGGGAAGGGCAAGUCCUGCUACUACCGCUUUCUGACAAAAGGCCAGCAGUGGAUUUGGCUGCAGACGCACUACUACAUCACCUACCACCAGUGGAACUCCAAGCCAGAGUUCAUUGUAUGCACGCACACUGUCGUCAGUUAUGCCGAGGUGCGUGCAGAGAGGCGGAGGGAACUUGGCCUGGAGGAGACGUCACCGGAGAUGGCCUCAUCGUCCAUCAAGGGUCACGAAGUGUACCCCGAUAUCGGUCCGCUGCCAGAGGGGCCCAGGGACCGAGUGAGUGGGACGCGCUCGGUCUCUUCGCACAGUUCCCGGAAGUCCUCCCACACCGCCAUGUCGGACUCUGCGUCGAACUCCUCCGUCAGGUAUACAGAAGCGAGCACACCGUCUCGCCAGUCCGCAGCCAUCAGACCCGAGAAGGCCUCAUCCAGAAUGCAGCCCAGCAGUUCGAAGACUUUGGUACAGAGGCAGAACUCUUCUGACCUUCUCCCCCAGCCGACCAUCCCCCUUUCCCCCACCUGCAGUCAGCACUCCAUUAUGCCGCCCAUGUACCAAUUCCAGCAGCCCCAGCUGGGCGUGAUGCACCAGCUGAAGGAGCAGCUCGAGGAGAGGACGCGCAUCCUGCAGGCUGACAUCAAGACCCAGCAGCAGGAGCUGCACGACAUCAAGGAGCAGCUGCAGCUGGUCAACAGCUCCAACAUCCAGAUGCUGCUACAGCAGCCCGUCCCCAUGGGCUUCAGCCAGGUGCAGCAGCCGCAGCAGCAGCAGGGCCCAGGCAGGCCGGCCCAGCAGUCGCAGUCCGGGGUCAUCAGGCAGGCUUCCCAGCAGGCCCUGUGUGGGCCCCACAGCUCCUCACCCCACUCACUUCUGAGGGAGGCCAGCACCUCUUCCCCUCAGGUGCAGCAGCAGCAGCAGCGGUCCAUACAGCGGACCUCGAUGCAGGCGGUCAGCCUUCCUGUGCAGACCCACACCAGUUUGACCAUGCCCCUCUACAGCAACCCCAUGAUGUUCUCCCAAACCAGCGCGCGGCCCCUGCAGAUGCCCAUGUCUCAGGACGUCGGUCACAGACAUUCAGACACGGACUUCAGCCAGGAAGGACAGCUACGCAUGCUGCUGAACCAGCCGAUGCAGACCCUAAUACCAGAUGGCAGUGGAAGCUCUCAGGCCACGCAAUGCAAUACAGCCAUGCAGCAAACCAAAUACGCCCUUGAGCAGCAGAUGGUUACGCCGUCGCUGCCCAUGCAGCAGGUGAACUGCAGCGCCGUCAUUGUGCCCUCCCCAGUCUUCACCUCGACCAUCAUGAUCCCCCACAACAGCUUUAUAACGCACCAGGCCCAGCCUGCCUACCACUCACAGCCUCAGGCACAGCAGCAUCAGCUCCAGCUGCAGCAGCCCCAGCAGUUCUUUCAGAUGCAGCCCCAGGGGCUCCUACAAGGCGGACAGACCCAGACUCUAUUCCACGCUACUCACAUCCCCCAGCAAAGUACCAUGGGAUACAUCCAGCAGCAGCCGCAGCAGCAGCAGCAGCAGCAGCAGCAACAGCAGCAGCAGCACCGUCAUUCCCAAAGCCAGGCAGGCAGCAUUGCGGACUUCCGCAACAUGCUAACACGGUAGCCCUCCUGCACCCCAUCUACAUGCCCUCCCAACCCCCCC